AUGAUGGCUGUGAUAACACCCAGUGGUGGUCUUUCUCAACUCUCUGCACCUCAUCUCACUCAUCAGAGCCUUUGGAGCCUCAGUUGCCUUGCAAUGCUGUUUCAGGCUGUACUCAUUCUUUCUGCACCACAAAUGUCAUGCCUUCUCAAGUGUUUUUAUACCCUGGGCCCAUUGCAUCCAGUGAUGUCAGGGGAAUUCUCAGCUUAGUAUAGUCACAUGAUGGAGCAGAGAAACAGAGCUAGAAUUCAUGAGGGAUACAUACCUCAAGUGAAAGGAGUGAAAGGUGCAUAUCUGGGGAUUGUCCACAAGAAACCAAUGAGUUAUGAAAAAUCUUUUCCAAAGGAAAUGGAAACUUAA